CCGGAAGCUCGUGUUAGUGUGUUGACACUGCAGAGCCCAAACCACAGAGAUCGAGUACCGUUUUAUCAGAGAUGUUCGUGCUGUAAACUGCUUUUUAAGCCUACGGCAGUUGUUUGAUUGCGUUUUAUUUAUUUAUUGUUUUUUCUUUUCAAUUUUGUGCCAUGUCACAGUUUCGUCGUAUGAUAGUUUUUUUUUCUCUGUAAAUGAACGGAUGCUAACUUUGCUACCUAGCUAGCACUGAAGCUAAAGCCAAUUAUCGAUGGCGAGUCCACCAAAGCCCAGCUAACAGAAACCAAAGAGUUACUUUUAAUCAAAGGUUCUUACAUAAAAACCAGUUCAUUCAACGCUGAAAACAAGAUGGCAGUAGAACUGGAUGUGUUUGUAGGGAACACCAUCAUCAUGAGCGAAGAAGUUUACCAGCUCUGGUUGGAUGGAUACACAGUGAAUGAUGCAGUGAAGGUUCGCAUGGAGGGGGGAGUCUUGGACGAGUUUGAUGCUAAAGCAGAUGUGGUGUUGAGCGAUACCAUGGACCAGUACCGGACUUUCCAGAUGUGCGAGCGUCUGCUGCACAGUCCGACCAAACUAGCCAACCAGCUGCUGUUCCAGAUCCCGCCUCACAGACAAGCCACGCUGAUAGAGAGAUACUAUGCCUUUGACGAUGUAUUUGUGCGAGAGGUUCUGGGAAAGAAACUCUCCAAAGGAACAAAGAAAGAUUUGGAUGACAUCAGUGCCAAGACAGGUGUGAUGCUGAAAAGCUGCAGAAGACAGUUUGACAACUUCAAACGCGUUUUCAAAGUUGUGGAAGAGCUGAAAGGACCCCUGGUGGAGAACAUACGUCAGCACUUUCUGCUGUCUGACAAACUUGCAAGGGAUUAUGCUGCCAUUGUUUUCUUUGCCAACAACCGCUUUGAGACGGGGAAAAGGAAGCUGCAGUAUCUCACGUUUCAGGACUUGGCCUUCUGUGCCGGCCAGCUCAUCAACAACUGGACGGUGGGAGCUGUCGAUAACAUGGUGGAGGACAUGGAUGUCGAUCUUGAUAAAGAGUUUCUACAAGAACUAAAGGAGCUGAAGGUUUUAAUUACUGACAAAGACCUGCUGGAUCAACACAAAAGUUUGGUCUGCACUGCUCUCAGAGGGAAAACAAAGGCUUUUAAUGAGAUGGAGGCUAAUUUCAAGAAUCUUUCCAGAGGCCUCGUCAAUAUUGCUACAAAAUUAACCAACACCAAAGACGUCAGAGAUUUCUUUAUUGAUCUUGUGGAAAAGUUUAUCGAGCCGUGUCGAUCAGACCACUGGACGGCUGCAGACAUGAAACUCUAUCUCACGCACUACACCAACUCUGCGCACAUUCUCGACACCUUCAAGCAUCAGGUUGUGUGGGAUAGAUACAUGGGCGUCAUCAAAAGCUGCAUCUUUAAAAUGUACCAUGACUGAGCUGCCUCCACCACAGCGUUCUCCUGCACCUCCACCCGAGACGAGAGGUUCUUCUCCUCCUUUAGUUCAGUUUUUUUUUAUUCCAUGUUCUGAUCAGAUUUUUCUAAAGUUCAUUUUAAUGGUCGGUUGUAUCGUCAGUCGCUGUUGCAUCUGUAAAUUGUAUUUUUAAUUUCUAAUAAGUGUUUGUGUUUUUUGUGUUUAAUGCCCAUCAUUAAAGACCCACUCCAA